CUCGGUGAUUGGACCAUUUAAAAAAGCUGCGCCAUAACUGAGUGAAUUCACUGUUGAAUGUUGAUGCUCGGCUGCCUUCCGUCGUCUCGUCCGCUCUCUCUCGCUCACUCACACACGUCUACACGAGCAUCGAGGUGCUGAAAUGGCAGACGAGCACUCCGGUAAAGCAGCGGGCUUAUACGAGUUCGAUGCCCCGUCUCACGUCGUCGACUUCCAGCAACUCGAGGACGAGCCUUGCGGUGAUGCCUGGUUUGAUCAACAGGCCAUUGAACAGAAUGUGCAUGCUGUACAGCUUUUCAAGCCAGAUGAGGGACCUUCUAAACCCAAAGCCACCGUGGGUCCAAUGAGUAUUGCUGAUUCCGCUGCUGCUGACUCUAACACACCUUGCAAUGGUGAAGCCAUUCCAAAAACCAGUGGCCAAGCGCUUAGGGUUCCAAAACGUAAAGGGCAAGCAGCCAGCAGUUCACCUUCCCGACCUCUUAAAAAGUAUAAAAAGAGUCCUGUUCUGCAGUCAACUGGAAAAUCCACUUUAAGGCAGCCCCGGCGCAUGCGGCCAAGGACCCGGAGUACAUUUUGUGCUAAACCUACUACAGGCACAAAGGAUCAGGAGGAGGAGGACGAAGUGGACCAAGAUUGUGAAAGAGAACCUGAAGCUCCUUCACCGGGGAAAAAGAAGGAAACUACUCUCUCAAGCAAGCGCCCACACCUGACGGUGCCCAGACCUGUGAAUCUCGGCACCAAGAGGAAGCCCACCAAAGACCCUUACGUGCCGACGGCUCAGCGCAUAAUGCAGCUCCAGCAGCGCACCCCUCAGCGCUUCCAUCAGCUGAGUCGGCAGGCCAUAGAAAAAGGUCCGCCCAAAGCAAAGGGGCAGCGCCUGCAACUCACUCGGCCUCAGUCCCCCAAUUUCUCCACAAGACUGAGGAGCCGCCCCCCUGCUGUGAAGAGCAGCGCUCAACUGGAGGAGGAGGAGCUUCUCAAGUCCCAUUUCAAAGCGGUGGAGCUAAACAAAAAGAUCCUGGAGCAGCAGGAGUCUCUGAAGAAGCCGGUGGCCAAAGCAUCCACCGUGCAAGAGGCCUUCACCAUGCACAUUGAGAAGCGGCUCCAGGAGAGGCAGGCCGGCAAACCCCAAGAAGAAGAAGAAGUGCAGCCCGCCUUCAAAGCCCACGAUCUGCCCAAGAAGAUCCUGGAAGGGGUCGUGGGCGUUCCAGAUAGGAAGGUCAUCAACCCAACUGUGCCACAGUCUCCUGCCUUCAUCCUGGCCAAGAGAGCUCGCCCUGACAUGAAAGUUGAAGAGGUGAAAGCUCCCUCACCCAUCAAGCACAUGCCGGUGCCUCACUUUGGCGUGACCUUUCACCCCAUUCUGCCGGAGAAGCAGCACAUCCAGGUGUGUCCCUUCUCUUUCGAGCAGCGGGAGCAAGCCAAGAAGAAGCAGAAGGAAACCAGGGAGCAAAAAGAAGAAGAGGUGUUGUCUUCGCUCCAAACAAGUCCCGCCUUUGAUGGCAGCCAUUUAACUCUCUUCUUGCCCGCCUGCCAGCUUCCAGCCUUCAAGGCUCAGCCGCUGCCACACUUUGACACGGUGGUCCUGCCGGAGAGGAAGAAGCUGGAGCCCACAAAGCCAGAACCCUUCAGGCUGCUGGCGGACCAACGUGGCUCUGUGAAGAACGAGCGCUGGGAACAGAUGGUGAAAGAGGAGCAGAAGAAAAUGAAAGAAGCAGCAACAUUUAAAGCCAGGCCCAACAAAGUCACACUCCAAGAACCUUUCCAGCCCAAAAAGGAAGAUCGCACAUCAGUGGAAGUGGAGGCCUUCCAGCUGGCGACGGAGCGGCGAGCACGAGAGCGCAGUGACUUCCAGCAGAUGUUAUUCCAGAAGGAGACUCUCUCUGCUCUCAUGGAGGAUCAAGUCAGACGUCAGGAGGAGGACAAACACAAGAUGGAGCUCACCAAACUAAGACAGGAACAAGUCCACAAGGCACAGCGCAUUCGUCACUACAAGACGGUGGAAGUGAAGAAGAGCGAAGCGGCUCUCACAGUCCCAAAGUCCCCAAACUUCUCUGAUCGCUUCCGCCUAUAAUCUCAUUUUUUUUAAUCGCUAUUCGUUUAUAUUUUCCCAUUGCAAUAAAGUUUUCUAUUCCAUGUAA